CAGAGAAACAGAAACUGAAGUAUUGAGUUGAGUUGUUGUGUGUUUGUGUCCCUGUAUCCAGUAAAAUGGCUGAAGCUAGAAUUUCAGUGGAUCAGAAUGAGUUCACGUGUUCAGUGUGUCUGGAUCUCCUGAAGGAUCCAGUGACUAUCCACUGCGGACACAGUUACUGUAAGAUCUGUAUUACAGACUGCUGGGAUCAGGAGGAUGAGAAGAGCGUCUACAGCUGCCCUCAGUGCAGACAGACCUUCAGUCCAAGACCUGCUUUAGGGAAAAACACCAUUCUGGCUGAACUGGUGGAGAAACUGAAGAAGACUAAACUUCCUGCUGACUGUUACGCUGGAGCUGGAGACGUGGAGUGUGACGUCUGUACUGGAAGAAAACACAAAGCCGUCAAGUCCUGUCUGGUGUGUCAGGAGUCUUACUGUCAAACUCAUUUUGACCGUCAUGAGGAACUUUUCUCUCGUAAACCACACAAAGUGAUUGAUGCCACUGGACGACUGCAGGACAUGAUCUGCCGUAAACAUGAUAAAGAGCUAGAAAUGUUCUGUAUCACUGAUCAACAGUGCAUCUGUGUGUGGUGUAAAGAGAGUGAACAUAAAAACCACAACACUGUAUCAACUGCAGCACAGAGGACAGAGAAACAGAAACAGCUGAAGGAGACGCAGAUGAAGAUCCGUCAGAGAAUCCAGCAGAGACAGAAAGAUCUUCAUCAGCUGAGAGAGGAUGUGAAGUCUCAUAAGCGCUCUGCACACACAGCAGUGGAGGACAGUGAGAAGAUCUUCACUGAGAUCAUCCGCUCCAUUGAGAGAAGCCGCUCUGAGGCGACACAGCGGAUCAGAGAUCAGGAAAAGACUGCAGUGAGUCGAGCUGAAGGACGACUGGAGCGACUGGAGCAGGAGAUCAAUGAUCUGAGGAGGAGAGACGCUGAGCUGGAGCAGCUUUCACACACACAAGAUCACAUCCAGUUCCUGCAGAGUUUCCAGUCUCUCUCAGCUCCUCCUGAAUCUACAGACGAACCCGACGUUCCCUUCGGUUCUCUCUCCUCUUUUGAUGGCGUGAGAGAAUCUGUCCGUCAGCUGAGAGACAAACUGGAGGAUUUCUGCAAAGAGGAGAUCAAGAAGAUCUCAGACGGAGUCACUUUCACCAACAUGAAUCCCAAGACCAGGAACGACUUCCUACAAUAUUCCCAUCAGCUCACUCUGGAUCUGAACACAGUGAAUAAACGCCUCCGUCUGUCUGAGAGGAACAGAGUUAUUACUCACACUGACACAGAGCAGCCGUAUCCUGAUCAUCCAGACAGAUUUGAUCAUUAUCAUCAGGUGUUGUGUAGAGAGAGUGUGUGUGGACGCUGUUACUGGGAGAUUGAGUGGACUGGAGAUAAUGGUGUGUUUAUAUCAGUGUCAUAUAAGAGCAUCAGCAGGAAGGGACGGGGUUAUGAGUGUUGGUUUGGAGGUAAUGAUCAGUCCUGGAGUUUGCUCUGCUCUUCCUCCAGUUACACAUUCUGGCACAAUUACACACACACUGAUCUCCCUGUAAAGUCCAUCAGCAGAAGAAUAGGAGUGUGUGUGGAUCACAGUGCAGGAACUCUGUCCUUCUACAGCGUCUCUGACACAAUGAGCCUCAUCCACACAGUCCAGACCACAUUCACUCAGCCGCUCUAUCCUGGGUUUGGGGUUUAUUCUGGAUCAUCAGUGAAACUGUGUUGAUGUUUCAGAACAGAUAUAGAGAGAUUUUACCCAUAAUACUUUGAGCUGCACAAUAAACCAGUAACAGUGAGAUGUUAUAGAGACUCUUAUUUCCUCUUCAUUACAUUAAUACUGAUGAACUUCACUGAAAUAUAUCAAAAUAAAUGUGUGUAUCAAAUCCUCAUAGAGACAUUAAGAACAGUGUGUGUGUGUGUGUGUGUGUGUGUGUGUGUGUGUGUGUGUGUGUGUGUGUGUGUGUGUGUGUGUGCUUUUCUCAAACUGUAACUGUUUUGAUUAAAACCUUUAAUUUGUUUUUUUUUAAUUGUGACAUAAAUACAUAAAUUAUUUUUAUUAUUUCUAUCAAAAGUAUCUCUCAGUUGAAAUGAUCAAACACAGGUUCAUUACUGAAUGAACAGAUUGAGGAUCGUGUGGUUUUGAAGGAAAUAACAGAACUGGUUGUGAACAAUGUAAGGAGUGAAGAUGUGGAAAUGACAUUAGUAGUGGAGAAAAUAAUGCUGGAAAACAAUCACAGUUCAAAAUGUGAGGAAGAUUGUGAUGCAGAAGAUGAGGGAUGAAGAAGCACUUUCUGAGAUUUCAGAUAUUGGGUCACAAGGGAUUGAAAUCAUGAACUCUAGAAGAAAUAAAGGACUUUCACAACGUUUGAUAAAGUUGUUGAUGAAAUAAUUAUU